AUGGGGGACGAAUACCCAUCCCUGUUCCGCUCAGAGCCAAUGAGCUUGGUACAGCUUAUUGUACCAACGGAGGUCGCUCAUGACACGAUCGCAGAGCUCGGUGAGCUCGGGAACCUGCAGUUUAAAGACUUAAAUGCAGACGUCAACCCGUUCCAGCGCUCUUUCGUUGGCGAGAUUCGGCGUGUGGACGAGAUGGCUCGUCGAGUGCGCUUCUUUGCGUCUCAGAUUGAAAAGGAGAAAGAGACGAUUCCUAUACGGCCGUUGUAUGACUCCGCGCCUUUACUCACCGUGGGGCCCCGUGCUGCUCAGACCAUGGACGAGCUGGACAACAAGCUCGCGGAGCACGAAGCACGCCUGAUCCAGAUGAACGAAAGCUACCAGAUACUGUGUGAUCGCACUAAAGAGCUCAUAGAAGCACGGGAGACGCUGCGGGAGACAGCGGUAUUCUUUGAGAAGGCGUUGAGCUACCAGUCGGACGUCAGGGCGUCCUUUGAUGACAGUUCUGCACCCCUCUUGCAACAUGACGACCGGGAGCAGCAAUACUCCGGUACUAGUGUUCAAUUCGACCUAGAAUUUGUUGCUGGCGUCAUUGAGCGUUCGCGCCUACCCAUCUUCGAACGAGUUCUCUGGCGCGUCCUCCGCGGCAACCUCUAUAUGAACCAUACUGACAUUCAAGAGCCCUUCGUCGACCCCGCUACGGGCGAGGAAACGCGUAAGAACGUAUUUAUUAUCUUCGCCCAUGGUGAGGUGCUGCUCGCGAAGAUCCGCAAGGUAGCGGAGUCCAUGGGUGCCUCGCUCUACCCGAUCGACGCCAACACCGACAAGCGGUCUGAGUCGAUGCGUGAAGUCAUGGCGCGGCUGGAGGACCUCCAGGUUGUGCUCUACAACACCGGAGCGAGCCGCCAUGCGGAGUUGGUGAAGAUUGGCGAGAGCCUCGCCAGUUGGCAGGAUGUUGUGCGGAAAGAGAAGAUGAUCUAUGAGACACUCAAUUUGCUGAACUAUGACGUUCGGAGGAAGACUUUGAUUGCGGAGGGUUGGUGCCCGACAAGGGAUAUACCGAAGAUACAGCUUGCGUUGAGGCAUGCUACUGAGGAAUCCGGUACCAAUGUGCCGCCAAUCUUGCACGAGCUGCGGACGAACAAGACACCCCCCACGUACGUACAUACGAACAAGUUCACGGAAGGAUUCCAGACCAUCAUGGACGCCUAUGGUAUCGCCACUUACCAGGAAGUCAACCCGGGCCUCUUUGCGGUGAUCACCUUCCCCUUCCUCUUCGCGGUCAUGUUUGGAGACAUUGGUCACGGAUUCAUCACGUUUGUGGCUGGGCUCUUCAUGAUUUUAUUCGAGCGAAGGCUUGCGAAAGGUAAUCUUGGAGAGAUCACCAGCAUGUUCUUCUUCGGGCGUUACAUCAUUCUCAUGAUGGGCCUUUUCUCGAUGUAUACUGGUCUCAUAUACAACGAUAUCUUCUCCAAGUCUCUCCACUUAUUUUCUUCUGGCUGGAGCUGGCCUGAGCAACAUGGGAACGAGAGCGUUGUCGCGGUGUCCAACGGGCAUACUUAUCUCUUUGGACUUGACCCGGCCUGGCAUGGAGCGGAUAACGCCCUUCUUUUCUUGAACUCCUACAAGAUGAAGAUGUCUAUUGUCCUCGGUGUUAUCCAUAUGACAUUCGCCCUCUGUCUUCAAAUUCCGAAUCACCUCCGUUUCAAACGUGUUUCUGACAUCUGGACCAACUUCGUACCCCAAAUGCUCUUUUUGCAAUCUAUCUUCGGUUACCUUGUUGUCUGUAUUAUCUACAAAUGGACGGUAGACUGGUCUAUUUCGCCUACAGGUCCUCCUUCUCUGCUGAACAUGCUGAUCGGGAUGGUCCUGUCACCGGGCUCUGUCGACCCUAGGACUCAGCUGUACCGAGGACAGAGCACGGUGCAGGUGAUAUUGCUGAUGCUGGCGGGCAUCUGUGUCCCAUGGCUGCUUAUCGGGAAGCCAUACCUCCAGUACAAGGAGAUGAAGAAGACUCAAGGACAGGGAUAUAUCGGUCUUGGAACCGACGACAUGCCUCGGCAAGCGACUGAUACAGCCCUGGAAGGCGAGGAGGAAGGCAAUGGCAGGGCCAUCGCUGAAUCGAUGGAGAUGGAACAUGAGCAGCAUGAUUUCGGCGAGGUGAUAAUUCACCAGGUCAUCCACACCAUCGAGUUCUGUCUGGGAUGCGUCUCCCACACGGCUUCGUAUCUUCGUCUGUGGGCGCUCUCGCUUGCGCAUGCUCAGCUGUCCGAGGUGCUGUGGACGAUGACCCUGGGAGGUGUCCUCGGCAUGUCAGGGAUCCUGGGGUAUAUCGCCAUCGCGAUCAUGGGCAGUGUGUGGUUGACUUUGACGAUCUUUAUCUUGUGUAUCAUGGAGGGGUUGUCCGCGUUUCUGCACGCGCUGCGUCUGCAUUGGGUGGAGGCGAACAGCAAGCACUACGAAGCAGGAGGCUAUACAUUCGCGCCGCUUAGCUUCGCUGAUGAGAACUAG